AUGAAGCGGAUUUUAGGACGUAAGGUGCCUGAAGGUGAAUUGUGUGCUGUUUGUUCAGAUUUAGCGACUGGUUAUCAUUAUGGAGUGGCAAGUUGUAACGGAUGUAAAACAUUUUUUCGUCGUACGAUUGUCUCCGAACAUACGUUUGUUUGUCAGUAUCAAGGAAAUUGUGAUGUUAAUAAAAAUAUUCGAUGUGCUUGUCGGUAUUGUCGAUUUAAUAAAUGUGUUGCCGUGGGAAUGGAUGCCAAAGCGAUACAGAAUGAUCGCGAUCGAAUUGGACCAACAAAAAAAAUAAAAUUAAUGAAUCAAAAUUCCGAGGAUUCGUCGGUUCAAAUACGAAGUUUCGAGGAAAAGCUUAUAAGUGAUAUCCAGGCCGUUGAAAAAUUGUGUUUGCGUCUACGACAAUGUAUUCUGCCUGAAAUCACCAGUUUAAAAGACGCAAUUUUCGGUCCAUCAUUGUUGUAUGAUAUGAAUAAUCUCGAAACAGACCCAACGACAGUUACAAAGAAUUUAUAUAUGGCUACUAUGAAAGAUGUGCAGGUGUGGAACAAGAAAGAGAUACGUGUCUGUCUCGAAUGGGCAAAAACUUUUGAUUUCUUUAAUCAGUUAAAUCAAGAAGAUCGAAUUGCUUUAAUAAAAAAUUUUGGUUUUACGUUCAAUUUAUUGAAUCGAAAUUUUUAUGCGCCUGAUCAUGGUAAUGACAAGCUUGUAUUACCAAAUGGAGCGUAUAUUUGUCGACAAGCGCAAAAUGAAGUAAAAAUACCUGGAUGCAGAACCAUUUAUCAUCGUCAAAUGGAUGAAAUCAUGAUACCAUUUAGAGUCAUGCAGGUUACAGUCACUGAGUUUGCAUUAUUCAAAGCAAAUGCUAUUAAUUUGUCUCCUGGAACAAAACAACAAGUUUAUCAAGAGAGAGCCAAAUACCUUACUGCUCUUUUUUAUUUAAUCACUUCGAAAUGUGGUAUACCAGCAGGUGCCCAAAAAUAUGGAAGUUUGUUAAUGAUGGCUUCAUCAGUUCAGAAUAUCAUUGCAUUAAAUGAAGAAAAUAUGCAAGUAAUGGACUUCUUUGAGGAAAAUUGGAAGUUAGAUAGUUUUGUUAAAGAGAUUUGUUUGAAAGAUUCAUAA